UGCGGCGCAGACGUUAGAAGAGCUAAUGUGUUCACGCGCGCAGUCCAAAACACUUCCAGAGGUGUCGCUCCCAAACCUCACCAUAAAGCGAUUUCCAUCAAGGUGACAUUGCCGUGAUAACUGCUUCCAGUGACCGAGGCCUUAAGAGGUCAUUGUCCGCUUUUCCGUCUGUCGUGCACGUUCUCAGAAAAGAUAUCAAAGAUAUCCAGGAUGAAUCUCAUUGCGACCGCUCUUCUUACCUGUGUCGCUCUAUCUACCGCAAGCAACAUCGAUGUACGCGCAGUCAGCACUACUGUAGUCGCCGUUACAGCCACUACAACCAUCACUCAAACGGCGACCAACAGCGCUGGCGCUCAAGGAGCCUGCGAUAACUUCUACGGAGCUUGCGUGGUAUACAUCGGCUAUGGCAACCCUUCUUACAGCACCACCUUCUACAACUACGCCCCUUCGACAACGCUCACUACUCGAACGACGACACCAUCGCCAACGACGAUAGUGACGAGCUAUAGCACGCAGGUAGUAGUGCAGACCACGACCGUGAGCAACAGCGGCGAGUGCAACAACUACAAUGGCGCUUGUGUGGUAUACCAGACUGCUGCUGGGGCGGCUACUACUGUAUAUCCAGGAAGCAGUGGAAAUCACCAGGGCAGCUCACAGGGCGAGAUUGGGCUUACGAGCAACAACGGCGGAGAUGGCACGAUCGGUGCAGCGUCUGGUCUUGAUAAGUAUGCGAGCAUGGGUUUCGCUCUCGUUGCGGCAGGCUUUGGAGCGCUGGCGUUUGCAUUUUGAGUAUGGUGUAAAGUCAGCGGCCAGAGCAUGAUACCCUUGCAAGCAUGGCGUUUAGGCAGGUUGACAGCACCGUAGAUGUACGCCCCUCCAUCUUCUGCAACGAUCCGUUCAGUACUCCAUUGCUGCACGGACUGCUAUUCGACUUUCGGACGCACCGACUCCGCCAUUGUUUGAGACCAACAGUUAUCGCAUUCGUGACGCAGGAGCCUGCCGUCAGCGCCGGCGUGCCACGUAUCUCCCGGACGAGUUCAUUGUUCGCCUUACACCGUGCCUCCCUCGAGCUGUCAGCGAUGACAUUUCUCUUCCUGAU